AUGACCACAAUCCCAUUGCUCAUCUUAAUCAUCUGCUGCCCUCUAAUCAGGGCCAACUUGGUUUUAACCUAUCCACAAGCUCGUUUUCCGCCUCUCGAUUUUCUGCCCUCCGAAAUCACUUCAGCGCCGUGCGGCGUUCCGAAGCCGAUGAAAACUUUUUACACGAAUUUCGAUAUUGGUGAGAGCUAUGAGGUGACGUGGAUUCCGACGACGAUGGGAAAGAAUGUGAGUUGGCGGGGUACUGUAGCGGGGAUACUGUAAGAAAGAGAACCCUACAAAUUCCAAAAAAAAUGAUCUUGAAAAAAAUAUUCAUAAUGGGGUCCCAAUAACUUUGAGAAGGGUACUGUAAAGUGGGUACUGUAGCUGGGAUACUGUAGAUAAAAAUGGAAAUUUGUGAAAAUAUAUGAAAUUUAAAAAAUUAAAUUAAAAUUUUACUUUUUAAAUAAUUUUUGGAUCACAAAAUUUGAAUUUUCUUUUUUUCGUCUUUCAAAAAUCUGAAAAAUUUGUGAAAAUCUAUGAAAUAUUAGUUUUGAAAAAAAUUUUACUUGAAAAUUAUAACAAAAUUUGAAUUAUCCUUUUUUUCGCUCUUCAAAAUCUCCCACAUUUUUUCCAGUCAACCUAUCGAAUCAGAAUAAUCGAUUCCGAUGGUCUAACCAUCCAAAACAUCAGCACAUCCGAUUCCAAAUCUUCCAAAAUCAACCCAACAACUCCAUGUGAGCAAUGUAUGCUUCUCGUCGAGCAAAUCACAUCCACCGGAAAAAUAUUCAAAACCUGUGCGGAUAUCAACAUCCUGAAAAAGGGCGCUGUAAAAGAGGAGGCUUGUAAUCAGCGAGGAACCAAGAUGCAAAAUGGAAUUUGUCAGUGUGAAAUCGGAUAUACUGGCGAGAAAUGUGAACAUUAUGGUGAGUGAAAAAAGUUUGCGCCGACGCGGGAUCGAACCAAUGACCUAGAGAUUCAGAGGCGCGCGCGCUAACCACUCGGCCACGCGCUCUUGUUUUGGCUUGCCCGCAAAUGUUUGAUAAAUAUUUUGCAGCUCACUGUUCUGUGGACGAGGAUUGUUUGAAUGGCGGGAAAUGUGUAGAUCAAGAAGAUUCGCUGAUUCGCAAGAAAUGCUAUUGUUCUUAUGGAUUUUUUGGGCAACGAUGUGAUCGAAGUUGGUUUUUUUUAAUUAAUUAAUUUUUUUUGGAAAAAAAUUGCAGAAUUCAACGCUCAAAACGAUCUUUGCUUCGGCUACGAUGAUUUGAAUGCACUAGAUCUUCCGCGCUUCGGAAUGUUCAACCCGAAAUGCUAUGUUCGACACGAUCUUUCAGCCGACGAUCAAUUGUAUUCAAGAAGAGUUGAGAAUGAAAUCGAAUUGAUUUUGGACUUCAAAACGAGCUCUUGGUUGUCGCUUGGAUGGCGUCCAACGCAAUUGAGCACUUCUUGUAGGCUUUUUCCGGUUUUGGAAGAUGUUCGGAAGAAUGCGAGGGUAUUGGAGAAUGAUGGAGGUGAAGAAGAGGAGGAAGAGGAAACUGAUCGAAGACAUUUUGUGGCAAAACCGAUUAUGCCGAAAAAUAAUGGGUUUAGUGAGUUUUUGAAAAUUUGAAUUUUGAGAAAUAAAUCGAAAUUUUGCAGAAACAAUAAAAAAAAAACCCUCAAUUUUCCAAUUAAUUUUUUGAAACGUAAAAUUCCCGGCACUUUUUACUUUUGAAUUGUUUUUAAUUUUUCAAAAUUUGGAAAUAUUUACAAUUAGGAAAACUCAAUUGUGAAACAAUUUUUCCCAAUUUUUUGAAACGUAAAAUUCCCGGCACUUUUACUUGAAAAGAAAAAAAUGAUGAUUUUUCGGCUGAAAGUUUUUGAGAAUUAAAAUUCUCAAAAAAUCCGAAUUUUUAUAAUUGUUAUCGCUUAAACAAUAAAAAACCACCCUCAAUUUUUAAAUGAAUUUUUUGAAACGUAAAAUUCCCGGCUUUUUUACUUUUGAGUUUUUUUUAAUUUUUCAAAAUUUGGAAAUAUUUACAAUUAGGAAAACUCAAUUUUGAACCAAUUUUUUCCCAAUUUUUUGAAACGUAAAAUUCCCGGCACUUUUACUUAACAAGAAAAAAAUGAUGAAUUUUCAGCUGAAAGUUUUUAAUUAAAAUUCUCCAAAAAUCUAGAUUUUUGUGAUUUGUAUCGCAGAAACAAAAAAAACAACCCUCAAUUUUUUUAAAUAAAUUUUUUGAAACGUAAAAUUCCCGGCAUUUUUUUUACAAAACAAAUUUGACAAGAAAAAAUUGAAUUUUCAGAUGUUUUUGAAGCUAAAAGUUCAAUUUCACAGUAAUAUUUUUGAAAUUUUUUUAUUUCUCAAAAUUUGGAAAUUUGAAAAAAAUUUUUCCAAUUUUUUGAAACGUAAAAUUCCCAGCACUUUUACUUUUGAAAUUUGUUUUUUUGAAACAUUUGGAAAUAUUUCUGGAAAACUCAAUUUUGAAACAAUUUUUUUCCAUUUUUUUGAAACGUAAAAUUCCUGGCAUUCUUAAGCAACUUUGCCACGUCAUAACUACAACUCCAAAAAAAAAUAAAAUUUUUUUGCAGCCGACUUAGGCUUAAAAGCCCCACUUCACGCAAUGGAUUGUGUUGAUAUGAUAAUGGCUUCGGUGAAAGAUGGACGCAUUUUUAUUUCGGAUUAUUAUUCGAGAGAUCGAUCAACUCCAUUGGAAGAUUAUUGGUUAGCCAGAUUUUUUCAGAUUUUUUUCAAAUUCUAUAAAUAUCUCAUAUUUGAUAUCAAAAUGCUCCAAAUCACUCCCAGCUUCCAAAAAAAACCCCAAAAAAAUCCCAAAAUUAAUUUCAGGUACGACGGUGAGAUGAGUCUAAGUGCAGCCUAUGGUCUAGAAGUGGAUGGUCGAACUUUGGUGAUGUUCCGAAGAGAUAUUCGAGAAAUCGAGCCGACCGAUCAUCCGCUGGGACCCAAUGAUUUGUUUGUUUUGUGGGCGAAAGGCGAGAAUAUGUUUGGUGAUGAUUUUAAAUAUCAUGGUGGGUUGAGGGGUACUGUAGUUAAGGGGUACUGUAGAUUUGGAGUGCGCCUGAAAAUCCGGUCAUUUUGAGUCCAAACACGAUAUUUUUUCGAGAGAAAUACACGAAUUUUUAAAUUUUUGGAGUUUCCCGCUUGUCCUCGAGAAGUACACAGAAAUUUUGAAUUUUAGAAAUUUCGCGCUUCUCCGAGAGAACUACACGAAAAUUUCCAAUUUUUUUUAAUUUCUGAUAUUUCCCGCUUGUCCGUGAGAACUACACGGAUUCCCCAAUUUUUUUUAAAUUUCUGGAAUUUCCCGCUUGUCCUCGAGAAGUACACGGGAAUUUCCCAAUUUUUUUUGAAUUUCUGAAAUUUCCCGUUUUUCCACGAGAAGUACACGAAAAUUUCCCAAUUUUUUUUUGAAUUUCUGGAAUUUCCCGCUUGUCCUCUAGAAGUACACAGAAAAUUUUGAAUUUUCAAAACUUCCCGCUUGUCCUCGAGAAGUACACAAAUUUUUGAAUUUCUAGAAUUUGCCGCUUGUCCAAGAGAACUAACUACACGGAAAUUUUAAUUUUUUUUUGAAUUUCUGAAAUUUCCCGCUUGUCCGAGAGAAGUACACAAAUUUUUGAAUUUCUGGAAUUUCCUGCUUGUCCGAGAGAAGUACACAAAUGUUAUUAACGUAUUCGGUCUCAAAACGCUCCAAAAAAUCACAGCGAUUUCAAAAAUCCAGGUUUUCCAGGAAACAAUCGUGGAAUUGAGCAAUUGAACUUGAGCCAAGUGGUGAAUUUGACAUUUGUUGGCAACGAGCCAAAAUCCAAUGAUGUUCAAGCAUUUGGAGUCAAAAAUCAAAAUGAUAUUCAAGGUUUUUUUUCUGUGAAAAAAUCUGAAAAUUUUGUAAAAAAAAAUCUGAAAAUUACAGAACAUCUCAUUCCAAUGUCAACUCCAGCUCCAAAACCAAAAUCAGCUGAAAAUACAGGUUCCGGUGAGAUAAUUGAUGAAAAUUCGGCAUUUUCUCAUAGAACAAUAUCAAUUUUCGUGUUAAUUUUAGCAAUGUUCCUUUAA